CCUGACACGGUGGGUCCGCACCUCGCUGAGCGAAACGCGGGUAAGCUCCCACCGUAUCGUUUUAAAGGAGUACCGCGUGUUCCUUGUGCACAGGAAGCCUGGACCGCCAAAGCCGUUAACAGAGAGAGGCGUGCCUCCCCGCCGUCCACACCCUGCGGCCCGUGCGGCGUCCGCCCAGUGCGCAUGCGUCCCUCCCCGUCGGCCCCCGCAGGCGCGGCGAAUCGAGCGUCGAGCAGGGCGGAGGGUGGCUCGGAGGGCCGAGCGGUCUCGCCCCCGCGCGCGGCCGGAGCCUGCAACGGUCGGCGACCCCGGCGAAUCCGAGGCGUGGCUGGGCGCGGGAGCGGCUCUGCCGGGACUCGAAGAAACGCGAGGUGUCCUCCCAGCCUGCUUUUCUACAAGAUGUUGGGGUUUUUGCAGCGCCCUGUGGUGGUGACGGCUGACAUCAACUUGAACAUCGUGGCUCUGACUGCGGUGGGGUUGCUGAGCCGACUGUGGCGACUGGCCUAUCCAAGGGCUGUGGUUUUUGAUGAAGUAUACUAUGGGCAGUACAUCUCUUUCUACAUGAAGCGGAUCUUCUUUUUGGAUGGCAGUGGACCGCCAUUUGGCCACAUGCUGCUGGCCUUGGGAGGUUAUUUAGGAGGAUUCGAUGGUAACUUUUUGUGGAACAGAAUUGGAGCAGAAUACAGCAGCAACGUGCCUGUGUGGUCUUUGCGCCUGCUGCCGGCCCUCGCAGGGGCCCUGUCGGUCCCCAUGGCCUACCAGAUUUUGUGGGAGCUCCGCUUUUCUCAUUGUGCCGCCAUGGGAGCUGCUCUGCUGAUGCUUAUUGAGAACGCUCUGAUCACUCAGUCAAGGCUAAUGCUUUUGGAAUCAGUGUUGAUAUUUUUUAACCUCUUGGCCGUGCUGUCCUACCUGAAGUUCUCCAACUCCCAGAAACACAGCCGGGUACCACCAGCCGACCCCGAGAGAGCUCGGAGACGCGUGGCCUCUGCUUGCAUUCGGGCAGUGCUUGGUGAGCUGUUCCCAGCUCUGCUUUCUGCUUUGCCCAGGCCCUUCUCUCCGAGCUGGUGGUUCUGGCUGGCGCUGACGGGCGUGGCCUGCUCCUGUGCGGUUGGCAUCAAAUACAUGGGUGUUUUCACGUACUUGCUCGUGCUCGGAGUGGCUGGCGUCCACGCCUGGCACCUGAUAGGAGACCAGACUUUGUCAAAUGUCUGUGUGCUCUGUCACCUGCUCGCCCGGGCAGUAGCUCUGUUGGUCAUCCCGGUCAUCAUGUACUUGCUCUUCUUCUACGUCCACUUGGUUCUGCUCUGCCGCUCUGGGCCCCACGACCAGAUCAUGUCCAGUGCUUUCCAAGCCAGCUUGGAGGGAGGGCUGGCUCGGAUCACGCAGGGCCAGCCCCUGGAGGUGGCCUACGGCUCCCAGGUCACCCUGAGGAACGUCUUUGGCAAACCUGUGCCCUGCUGGCUUCAUUCCCACCAGAACACCUACCCCAUGAUAUACGAGAAUGGCCGCGGCAGCUCCCACCAGCAGCAGGUGACCUGUUACCCCUUCAAGGAUGUCAAUAACUGGUGGAUUGUGAAGGAUCCCGGGAGGCAUCAGCUGGUGGUAAAUGACCCGCCGAGGCCCGUGCGGCACGGAGACGUCGUGCAGCUGGUGCACGGCAUGACCACCCGCUUCCUGAACACGCACGACGUCGCGGCUCCCCUGAGCCCCCACUCGCAGGAGGUCUCCUGCUACAUCGACUACAACAUCUCCAUGCCCGCCCAGAACCUCUGGAGGCUGGAGAUUGUGAACAGAGAAUCCAGUACGGACGUUUGGAAGACCAUCUUGUCAGAGGUUCGCUUCGUGCAUGUGAACACGUCCGCCAUCUUGAAGCUGAGUGGGGCACACCUCCCCGACUGGGGCUUUCGGCAGCUGGAGGUCGUCGGAGAGAAGCUGUCCCCGGGCUACCACGAGAGCAUGGUGUGGAACGUGGAGGAGCACCGGUAUGGCAAAAGCCAGGAGCAGAAGGAGAGGGAAGUGGAGCUGCACUCACCUACUCAGAUGGACCUCAGCAGAAACCUGAGCUUCAUGGCCAGAUUCUCGGAGCUGCAGUGGAGGAUGCUGACGGUGAGAAGUGAUGACUCAGAACACAAGUACAGCUCCACGCCACUCGACUGGGUCACCCUGGACACCAACAUCGCCUACUGGCUGCACCCCACGACCAGCGCUCAGAUCCACCUGCUUGGGAACAUCGUGAUCUGGGCUUCAGCCAGCCUCGCCACGGUGGUGUACACUCUGCUCCUCUUCUGGUACCUGCUCAGACGCCGGAGGAAUAUCUGUGACCUCCCUGAGGAUUCCUGGCUGCGCUGGGUGCUGGCCGGGGCCCUGUGUGCCGGUGGCUGGGCCGUGAACUACCUCCCCUUCUUCAUGAUGGAGAAGACGCUUUUCCUCUACCACUACUUGCCUGCGCUCACCUUCCAGAUCCUCCUGCUGCCUGUGGUGCUGCAGCACGUCAGCGACCACCUGUGCAGGUCCCAGCUCCAGAGGAGCCUCUUCAGCGCCCUGGUGGUGGCGUGGUACUCCUGCGCCUGCCACGUGUUUAACACGCUGUGCCCACUAACCUACGGGGACAAGUCGCUCUCACCCAGUGAACUCAGGGCACUUCGCUGGAAGGACAGCUGGGACAUCUUGAUCCGAAAACACUAACAGGACAUAGACACGGUGAAGGGGGUGGGGGCUGGGGUCAGGACACGUAGACUCGUCCUUUAUGAAUAUGUUUACGUCUGACAAGCAGAGUGGCUCUAAGCUUGGUGGAGACUGGCCAGGCUUGGCAAGGAUUCUCUUCUGGUUUCAUUCUUGAAACAGCCCUCGGAUAAGCACCUCACCUCCAGCAGUGUAUUUCUUGUGUGCAAUGAAGAACACGCCCUCCGUGUCCACUUGCUCCUAAGAGCCCUCUGAACUGGGACACGAGUGCUGAGGGGCUAGUGUGAGACUCGCGAUGGAGAAAGGCAGGAAGGGAGCUGGCGGCGAUGGGCAAGUUAGGGCUGACCCAGACAAGGCCCCAGUCUCGCUGACAGAUGCGGGUGUUGAGUCUGGCCGACGGGCCUGGUCCUCCCUCCAGGCACCCGCUGGCCUGUCCCCAGUGAGGCCUUGAGGAAUCGCCCUGAACAGUUAGUGUCACAUCAGCUACUGGAACAACGAGCCUUUGCUGAGGCAGAGGUGGGGCCCUCCGGUGACUGAGGCAGGCCCGGGUCACUCCUCACAGUUGUGGCUCUCAGACACCCCACCACGGGAUUUUGCUAAUGUGUGAGGGAGUAGCAUCUUCUGAGUCUAGGUCUGUGUCAUCCAUACAUCUUGUCCUGAAUUUGCUUUUUUAAUGUAAUUAAAAAGGAACAAAUUGGCACUCAACGUUUGGUGUCA